CAAGGUCACAUGACUGGCCAACAAUAAACGUGAUCGCCCAAACGAAGUGGUCGGAGGACGCGCUGGUAUGGCAGCUCGGUUGAAGUGACGUCCUGCUAUAAAAUGGCGUUGUUUUUGCCAUCCUCUGUGCUGUUGGCCCUGGUGUUCCUCAUAGCAGCAGUGACCCUCUCCACAGGAAGCCAUGAAUGUGUUGCUAGAAACUUUGGCCACGACUCUGUGGUGUGUGAGUGUAAUGCAACCCAUUGUGACAGUGUGGGACCGGUCACUUUGCCUCCACUGGGCCAGUACUCCUCCUUCCUGACCAGCAGGGCCGGCAGCAGACUGGAGGCGGGCCGGGGUCCGGUCCAGGUGAACAGCACCGGAGCAGGCCUCAGGUUGACGAUUGUUCCCUACCAGAAGUACCAGAAGAUCCGGGGAUUCGGUGGAGCUAUGACGGACGCAGCAGCCAUUAACAUCCUGUCUCUUUCUGCCGGUGCACAGGACCAGCUGCUGCGUCAGUACUUCUCCCCCGAAGGUAUCGGCUACAGCGUGGUGCGCGUCCCGAUGGCCAGCUGUGACUUCUCCACCCGUCUGUACACGUAUGCUGACACACCUGGAGACUACAACCUGGACAAUUUCACACUGGCCCCGGAGGAUGUCAACAUGAAGAUCCCUCUCCUGCAGCGAGCUCAGGCCUUCUCUCCUCGCCCCUUGUCUCUGCUGGCCAGCGCCUGGAGCGCCCCUGCCUGGAUGAAAACUAACGGUGCUCUCAUAGGAAAGGGCUCCCUGAAGGGCCAACCGGGGGGCAAGGAGCACAAGACCUGGGCUCAGUACUACAUCAGGUUCCUGGAGGAAUAUGCUAAAUAUAACUUGACAUUCUGGGCUCUGACGACGGGAAAUGAGCCCUCUGCAGGACAGAUUACAAACUACAGUUUCCAGGCUCUUGGCUUCACUCCUGAGGAGCAGAGGGACUGGGUGGCUCUGGACCUGGGCCCUGCCCUGCACGCUUCUUCACACCCACGCACACACGUCCUCAUCCUGGAUGACAACCGCCUGCUGCUGCCCCACUGGGCCAAAGUGGUCCUGAAUGAUAUCCAUGCAGGAAGGUUCAUUCAUGGCGUGGCAGUUCACUGGUACAUGGACGGCCUGGUCCCAGCAGAGAUAAGCCUGGGAGUCACCCACCAUCUCUACCCAGAGUACUACCUGUUCGCCACGGAGGCCUGCGCUGGCUGGAGCCCACUGGACCGAGGGGUGAAGCUGGGCAGCUGGGACAGGGCGGAGCAGUACGCACACGACAUUAUAGGGGACUUGAAUCAUUAUGUGGUGGGUUGGACUGACUGGAACCUGGCAUUGGACCAGACCGGUGGGCCAAACUGGGUUAAGAACUUUGUGGACAGCCCUGUGAUCGUGGAUGCACAGCGGGACGUCUUCUACAAGCAGCCUCACUUCUACAGCAUGGCCCACUUCAGUAAGUUCCUGUGGGAAGGGUCUCAGAGAGUGGGAGUGUCCAGCAGUCAGAACACAGAGCUGGAAUACUCUGCCUUCGUCAGACCGGAUGGCUCCGUCGUGCUCGUCAUUCUCAACCGGUCAUCAUCAGUGAUCCAGUUUGAAGUCGAGGAUCUGGCUGUGGGCUACGUCUCCUCCACUGCGCCGGCUCGUUCAUUGCUCACUCUGGCCUGGAACACACACUGAUCGUUAGUACAAGUUCACAAACAAAUGUUUCAUGCACUUUUCAUGUUGAAAACCGCGUCCUGACCAAAGCUUGUAUUAUUCUGAAUGGGUUGUUUGAGCCACUCACACAUUUGUAUAAUCUGCCGUGCUUUUUCGCAGCUUUAGUGAUUUCAGAAGUCACAGAAAUUAACCUCAAACAUGAAUAACUUCAAAUCAUUUGAUUUUCCUCAAGUCUAAUAUGUCCUGUUGGGAACCUGAAAGUGAUGAAUGUAUCAGUUCACCUGUGUGUAACUAAUGCCUUGAUUUCCAGCUAAUAGGAUGAUUUGUGUCCUCACAAUCACAAAGAAAUCAUAUAAAUAAUGUACAAAAAUUGUAAA